GGUCGUUUUGCUAGGAGGGAGACAUGAGAGUGGGGAGCGGCCGAGAAAGAGGAGCCUGACCCCGGGAGAGCCACUAUUGUGUUUAUAACCAGCUUCCCAGGGAUUGAUUGGGCUCAAGUCUGUACAGCCUGUUUUUACCAACAUGAAUGAAGUGAUGGUGAUUAAAGAAGGUUGGCUUCAAAAAAGAGGGGAGUAUAUAAAAACAUGGAGACCAAGAUAUUUCCUUCUGAAAAGUGAUGGUUCAUUUAUUGGCUAUAAAGAGAAACCUGACUCCACAGAGCACAGUCUUCUUCCUCCCCUCAAUAACUUCUCUGUUGCAGAAUGUCAGCUAAUGAAGACGGAGCGGCCUAGGCCCAACACAUUUGUGAUUCGGUGCUUACAAUGGACGACAGUUAUUGAACGGACUUUUCAUGUUGACACACCAGAGGAAAGGGAAGAAUGGAUUAUUGCCAUCCAGACAGUGGCCAAUGGCCUGAAGAACCAGGUACCUGAAGAUGAAGAGGAGGAAGCCAUGGAAGUUAAGUAUGGCUCCCCCAGUGAUGUCUCGAGUGCAGAGCAGAUGGACGUUGCAAUGUCCAAAGGGCGCCCCAAAGUGACCAUGAAUGAUUUUGACUACCUCAAAUUGCUGGGAAAAGGGACCUUUGGGAAGGUUAUCCUUGUUCGAGAGAAAGCUACCGGACUUUACUAUGCUAUGAAGAUCCUUCGAAAAGAGGUCAUAAUUGCUAAGGAUGAAGUUGCUCAUACACUUACAGAAAGCAGAGUUUUGCAGAACACAAAACACCCGUUUUUAACGGGAUUAAAGUAUGCAUUUCAGACCAGUGACAGACUCUGCUUUGUUAUGGAAUAUGCUAAUGGUGGAGAGCUUUUUUUCCACCUUUCACGAGAACGAGUUUUUACAGAGGACAGAGCACGCUUUUAUGGUGCAGAAAUUGUGUCGGCUUUAGAAUAUCUACAUUCUCGAAACGUAGUAUACAGAGACAUAAAGCUGGAGAAUCUCAUGCUGGAUAAGGAUGGCCAUGUCAAGAUUACAGAUUUUGGUUUGUGUAAGGAAGGCAUCACAGAUGGAGCCACUAUGAGGACUUUCUGUGGCACACCAGAGUAUCUUGCGCCUGAGGUGCUUGAAGAUAACGACUAUGGCCGAGCCGUGGACUGGUGGGGUCUCGGAGUUGUGAUGUAUGAAAUGAUGUGUGGCCGAUUGCCCUUUUAUAACCAAGACCAUGAGAGGUUAUUCGAACUUAUCCUCAUGGAGGAGAUCCGCUUUCCCCGUACAUUAAGUCCAGAGGCAAAAUCUCUGCUUGCUGGGCUUUUGAAAAAGGAUCCUAAACAGAGAUUAGGAGGGGGUCCUGAUGAUGCCCAAGAGGUCAUGUCGCAUGGAUUCUUUGCUUCUAUCAAUUGGCAAGAUGUAACGGAGAGAAAGCUCUCCCCUCCUUUCAAGCCACAAGUCACAUCCGAGAUUGACACAAGAUAUUUUGAUGACGAGUUUACGGCUCAGUCUAUAACAUUGACCCCUCCUGACAGAUAUGAUAACCUUGAUGCCUUAGAAUCAGAGCAGCGCCCUCAUUUUCCUCAAUUCUCUUAUUCUUCAAGCAUACGGGAAUAAACUUAUUCUUCAAUACACCGAGCGCUGGGAUGGCAAACUAAAAGACUGGAAGAGGAAAUCAUUUUACUCCCUUUUUGGAAUAAAGAGAUUUUUGUAUCGCCUCCCACACUAUUACACAAGAAACUGCAAAUUAGCAGAGGAAGGAAAAAAAAAAUCCAGCACAACUUUACCUAAUGGAUAAAAUAUCAUAUUGGAGCCACAACGGAACGGAUCGGUUCAUGUGUUUUAAACGGAGUUGCCUUUUACUGCUGGAACAGUGGAUUAUAAGCCAUAUAGGGAGCGGGAGCAAAUUUCAGGCUAGCGAUUCAUCCCAGAAUGUUUUGCAACCUCCACAACUCUUAGGCUAGGAUCUCUCAUGCCGGCGAUGUCUGGUGACUGUAACGGUACAAUAUUUUUAGUGUGAGAUUAUUCAACAAUAAAAUGCCCACCCAAUGAUUUAAUGUAGGAGACGAUGAUACACUUCUGGGAUAUAAUGUCGGGAUCCCAUUUCGUUUGGUUCAACCAAGAAACACAAAACUGUUAACUUUCCCUUUCCUUCAGGCAUUUUAUCAUCCUACAGGUAUGGGAUCCGUUAUCCAGAAAGCUCCGAAUUAUGGAAAGCCUGUCUGCCAUAGACUCCAUUAUAAUUAAAUAAUCCAAAUGUUUAAAAAUGAUUUCCUUUUUCUCUGUAAUAAUAAAACAGUAGCUUGUACUUGAUCCCAACUAAGAUAUUGGAAGCAAAACCAGCUUCUUGGGUUUAUUUAACGUUUACGUGAUUUUCUAGUAGAGUUAAGGUAUGAAGAUCCAAAUUACAGAAAGAUCCAUUAUCCGGAAAACCCCAGGUCCCGAGCAUUCUGGAUAACAGGUCCCAUACCUGUACUGAACUGAAAGCAGCCUUAACAGAACAAUGGCAAUCUAAAGAAUGUGCUUUUUUUUUUAUCCUAGUUAAGAAACUUGUACCAAAAACACUUUCUCUUGUUCUAUAAGUGGCUUGACUUUAAAAGCUGAAUGUAAACACAUCAUCCUAUUUUAUUUAAUAUUUCAUGCCCCCACUUAUAAAUGGAUCCCUUGCGUGAAACUAAUCUCAAACGUUACUUUUUUUCCUAUUUGAAUCGUUCUUUCCUCUGAAGCUUUAGGCAGAAACUGCUUUACCCGAUUGGAUUUCACUUUCAGCCCUAAGUGAUGCAGGCCCUGUGGCUGCAAGGAGCAGUCUGAUUGGCUGUCGUUACCAGAAACAUAAUUAUCCAGCUUGUCUUCUUUGUAUGUUCUCUUGUGUUGGCACAUCCUGCUGGGAAAGAGGAGUAUUGUGUUUUUUCUUUAAAAACUGGAAAUGGCUGUUUUACAUUAACAAUUUUAUUUUACUGAUAGGCUGCACUAUACGAAAUACCAGUAGUAUACCAGUAGUAAAUACCAGUGCGGCAUUCUGUUAAAGGGAUUCUGUCGUCAUUUUUAUGAUGUAGUUUUUAUUUCUAAAUUACACUGUUUACACUGCAAAUAAUUUACUCUACAAUAUAAAAAUUUCAUUCCUGAACCAGGAAGUGUAUUUUUUUUAGUUGUAAUAUUGGUGUGUAGGCGCCAUCUCAGGUCAUUUUGCCUGGUCAUGUGCUUUCAGAAAGAGCCAGCAUUUUAGGAUGGAACUGCUUUCUGGCAGUCUGUUGUUUCUCCUACUCAAUGUAACUGAAUGUGUCACAGUGGGACCUGGAUUUUACUAUUGAGUGCUGUUCUUAGAUCUACCAGACAGCUGUUAUCUUGUGUUAGGGAGCUGCUAUCUGGUUACCUUCCCAUUAUUCUGUUGUUAGGCUGCUGUGGGGGGGGGGCAGGAGGGGGUGAUAUCACUUCAACUUGCAGUACAGCAGUAAAGAGUGACUGAAGUUUAUCAAGUCACAUGACUGGGGGCAGCUGGGAAACUGACAAUAUGUCUAGCCCCAUGUCAGAUUUCUGAUUUUAAUGCAAAAUUAAAUAUAAAAAAAUCAGUUUGCUCUUUUGAGAAACGGAUUUCAGUGCAGAAUUCUGCUGGAGCAGCGCUAUUAACUGAUGUGUUUUGAAAAAAAAAAAAUUCUUCCCAUGACCGUAUCCCUUUAAGCAAUAAUGCAUUUCUCAUGUAUGGAAGCUCCUGUUUCACUUCAAAGGUCAUCUUUUUCUCUCUCUUUCUUUCAAGUAGCCACUUUCCGAAAUAAUGGUUGUGUAAUUUCACCCCAUAUUUUUUCCCCCCUCGUGAUGACAGUUUUGCUUUAUCACUUAUGACUGUCAAAUGUGUUUUUACAUUGGACAGAGAUCCUCCUUGGAUCCUCUUAAAACCUCAAUGCAGAACUGUAACACGUGAGGCUACAAAGGCUGGUGAGUCAAAUGUUACCCAAAGGCAUCGGCAAAAGAUUGUAAAAAUAUUUGUUUACCAUGAAAUUGAUAAAAAAAUAUAGAGAAUGCAUUGUUUUAAGAGGGGAUGUUCCUUUAAGUAUUAUCCUGUUCUGUAUGGGGGAGUUUCACUUUGCCCCAAAUUGCUACAUUUUGUAAACUUAUGAGAUGAAUACUCGACUUUUCCCUCAAUACUCUGUGUUGUUGUGAAUAUAAAACAACAAAACAAUA